CGCUCUGAAUUAUUAUUUAAAGAAGAAAAAAAUGGGAAAGAAGAGCUCUGUAUCAAUCCUCUGCUUCAUACUCAUAAGCUUCAGUCCCAUUUUUGUUUCUGCACAACAAACUUGUGAUGAAGCUUCUGGGACUUUCAAACCCAAUAGUCCAUAUGAGAAGAACCGCCUUCUCAUAAACUCUACUCUUGCUUCUAACGUCACGGCUCACGCCGGCUACUUCAACGGCUCCAUCGGGGUAGGUCUGGACAGAGUUUACGCCUUGGGGAUGUGCGCUCCAGGUGCUGAACCACAAGCUUGCUCACACUGUGUCCAGGCCGCCUCAGACAGUUUACUAAGUACCUGUUUGAACCAAACAGAGGCUUUCGUAUGGUCAGGUGACGAGUUCCUUUGCCUUGUUCGCUACUCCAGCAAGUCCUUCUCUGGGGUCCUCGCCUUGGAGCCUAUUACACCGUUUUAUAAUGUAAUGGACGUAAGAAAAGAAAACCAGAAGGAGUUUGAUAGUGUGUUGGACGGGUUAGUGCUUCGUAUGAUCACGAGAGUUUCUUCCUCGGAGAGAAACAAUUCAUCUACUUCUUUAUCAUUGUCUGGUAAAUACUAUGCAAAGGAUGUAGCUCCAGUGCCGGUUUACAGGAACAUAUUGAUGCUGAUGCAAUGCACUCCAGAUAUUUCUUCAAAGGAUUGUAGUCUUUGUCUUGAGUCAAGCGUUGAUUACUAUAAAAAAGUGUAUCAUGGGAAGAGAGGUGUCAUUAUGUUGCGGCCAAGUUGCUUUUUCCGGUGGGAGUUGUAUAAUUUCUCUGGUGCUUUUGAUCAUAUUAAUGAUCCGCCUCCGCUUUUAGACAGUCCUUCUGUUAAUUUGACCGAUAUAACCAAAAAGGCAAAUAAAAAUAUCUCACGAGGAGUUGUCGCAGCGAUAGUUGUAGUUAGGGUUAUCAUAGUAUUGAUUUCUGUAGGCAUGUUUAUGUUCAAGAGGAGAAAGAAAAAGCAAGAUAUACAACUUUCAACGGAAUCUGUUCAAUUUGGUUUUAAGACAAUUGAAGCUGCGACGGGCAAUUUUUCCGAGGCGAACAAGCUUGGGGCAGGUGGAUUUGGUGAGGUUUACAAGGGCAUCCUCAUGAAUGGAACUGAAGUUGCGGUAAAGAAACAUUCAAAAACAGCAGGACAGGGUGAAAGAGAGUUCAAGAACGAGGUUGUUGUUGUUGCAAGGCUUCAGCAUAUAAAUCUUGUUAGACUUCUUGGCUUUUCACUUCAAGGAGAAGAAAAGUUACUCGUCUAUGAGUUUGUUCCUAACAAAAGCCUUGAUUAUUUCCUCUUCGAUGCUAGUAAGAGAGUUCAGCUGGACUGGACUGUGAGACACAACAUCAUUGGUGGGAUCAGUCGUGGUAUUUUAUAUCUUCAUCAAGAUUCAAGGCUCAAGAUCAUACACCGCGAUCUCAAAGCUAGUAACAUUCUAUUAGAUGCGGAUAUGAAUCCAAAAAUUGCUGAUUUCGGAACGGCAAGGAUCUUUGGAAUGAACCAAACUGUAGGCAAUACAUCAAGAGUAGUUGGAACCUUCGGUUACAUGCCACCUGAGUAUGUGAUACAUGGCCAAUUCUCGAUGAAAUCAGAUGUAUAUAGCUUUGGAGUAAUGAUUCUUGAGAUCAUUAGUGGCAAAAAGAAUAGCAGCUUCCGUCAGAUGGAUGGUUUAGUUAACAACUUAGUCACAUAUGUUUGGAGACUUUGGGAGAACAAAUCAUUGCCUGAUCUCGUUGAUCCUGGUAUCAAAGAAGACAGUAACAUCGAUGAAGUUGUUAGAUACAUUCAUAUUGGACUGUUAUGCGUUCAAGGAAAUCCUGCAGAUCGUCCCAAAAUGUCAACGAUUCAACAAAUGCUCACAACCAGCUCUAUUAGUCUGCCUGUACCUCUGCCACCUGGAUUUUUUUGGAACAGGCCAGGAACGACCAUGUCAGGCCUGGACCCCAGUCAAUCGAGCAGCAAGUCUUAUACUUGUUCUGUGGAUGAAGCAACAAUCACUGAUGUUAAUCCUCAAAAAAAAAACGUAUACGCCUAUUUAACAUUUACCUAUUCAAGACACCAAAAGACUAAACAUAAACUUGAAAAAAUGUGUCGGAUCAGUCUCUUUCCACUUCUCUUAUCCGUCCUUGUGACUUUUAGUUUCAUCUCAGUGUCCGGACAGAUUUGCCUGAACACAACGGGAACUUUCAGACCAAACACUACGUAUGACUCAAACCGUCGACUCAUUCUCUCGUCUCUUGCCUCUAACGUCACGUCUCGAGACGGUUUCUUCUACAACUCCUCGAUCGGGCAAGAACCAGACCGAGUCUACGCGAUGGGCUUGUGCAUCCCUGGAGCUCAAUCAAAACACUGCUCAGAGUGCAUAACUAAAGCAGUGACAGAUAUGAUACAGAACUGUCCUAACCAAACUGAGGCUUUCUCAUGGCCAGGCACCGAAACUCUCUGCAUGGUUCGGUAUGCGAACAGUUCCUUCUUCGGAUCAAUGAACCUAGAGCCGAACUCAUUAAGAUACAACACUGGGAACAUCACCAUUAACAUGUCGGAGUUCGAAAGAAUUUGGGAUGCGUUUAUGAUUAAGCUGAUAGAUACGGCUUCAGCGGGACGCAGUGGAGCUUCAUCGUCUUCUAGUGGUAAGUACUAUGCAGCGGAUAUCACAUCGUUGACUACGUUUCAGCGAGUUUACGCGUUGAUGGAGUGUACACCGGAUUUGUCUCCGGAGAAUUGUGAAGCUUGUCUCCGAGCAAAUGUUAGGAGGUAUCAAGAGUGUUGCCGUGGGAAUCAAGGCGGCGUUGCUAGGCGGCCGAGCUGUUUUUUCCGGUGGGAUCUUUAUCCGUUCUUAGGGGCUUUUGAUAAUAUAUCCACCAAAGCAGCUCCGCAGCAACCUUUGACCGGCGACGGAGACGGUACGGAAAAGAAAGAUGGCGAUUCCCUUUCAGUGGGAGCUAUCGUUGGAAUUGUGGCUGCGAUCAUUGUCAUCGUCUUGGUGCUGCUCGCUCUUGCGUUUGUCUUUUACCGGAGGAGAAAAUCGCACGAAGAAGUUGAUUUUCAAUCUGUUGAUGAUAUCUCAACUACACAUUCAUUACAAUUCGAUUUUAAGACUAUUGAAGCUGCAACAGAUAAGUUUUCGAGCAGUAACAGGCUAGGUCAAGGUAGAUUCGGUGAAGUGUACAAGGGUAUACUUCCAAACGGAACUGAAGUUGCUGUGAAGAGACUGUCCAAAACAUCAGGACAAUGUGCACUACUAGAGUUCAAGAACGAGGUUCUUGUUGUUACAAAGCUUCAGCAUAGACAUAUUGUUAGGCUUCUUGGGUGUUGUUUGGAGCCGGAAGAAAAGAUUAUAGUCUACGAGUUUGUUCCUAACAAUAGCCUUGAUUAUCUACUUUUUGACCCUUCAAAGCAAGGUCAGUUGGAUUGGACAAUGAGAUACAAGAUCAUUACAGGGAUUGCUCGAGGAAUUUUAUAUCUUCAACAAGAUUCACGGCUUAUAAUCAUACACCGUGACCUUAAAACCAGUAACAUUCUUUUAGAUGCAGAUAUAAACCCGAAAAUUACGGGUUUUGGCAUGGCCAGGAUUACCAUGGCUGACCAAACCCUUGAAAAUACAAGCAGAAUAGUUGGAACAUACGGUUAUAUGUCUCCUGAGUAUGCAUUGCAUGGCCAGUUCUCCACAAAAUCUGAUGUAUAUAGCUUUGGGGUCUUAGUUUUGGAGAUUAUUAUUGGCAAGAAGAAUAGCAGCUUCCACGAAACAGAUAGUAAUGGUAGCAACUUGGUCACUUAUGCAUGGAAGCUUUGGAGAAAUGGCUCACCGUUAGAACUUGUGGAUCCAUUUGUUAGAGAGAGUUGUGACAGCAGUGAAGUUGUCAGAUGCAUCCAUAUUGCAUUGUUAUGUGUUCAAGAGAACCCUAUGGAUCGUCCAACUUUGUCGACAAUCAUCUUGAUGCUCACUAGUAACACAAUCACCUUACCUGUGCCUCAACAACCUGGAUUUUUUGUCCAAAUCACACGUGAUCAAAACUCAUCAGCUGUAGAUUUGGAGUCAGGUCAAUCUACUGGUCCAUUAGUGAGUUAAAUCUUCGUUGAAGAUCAAUCUUGAUGUGGACUUGAAUCUCCCUGUGUUUUGUUUCUCAGAUUAGACUUCACUCUCAUUUUAUUCUGUGUGAUUGUAAAUUUAUAAUCGAGUUCUUAAAUAUGAAUUUUGAAAGUUCUUAGUUAAUAAUAAAGGCAACUCACUAAUGAUGA